UUCUUGCAGUCUUCCAGAAAUUAUGCCACCGCAGCUGCACCUCCUAAGGAGCAGAAAGUUAAGUUGCCAAUAGCUUUGUAUGGGGGAGCAGGAAACUAUGCCUCUGCUCUGUACAUUGCAUCCAAAAAGGCUAAUGUGCUGGAUAAAGUUGAGGCCGAACUACUUGACCUUGUUCGGGCAUUGGAGAAAAGUCCUACUUUUUCUCAGUUCACAAAGGACUUGUCAGUGCCUGCUGAUACGAGAGUCAAGGCCAUUAAUGACAUAGCUGACCAAGCCAAAUUUUCACAAGUUACCAAGACCUUCUUGGUUGUUCUUGCUGAGAAUGGAAGGCUGAGGUCCAUUGAUACCAUAGCUAAGAAGUUUGCAGAGCUGACAAUGGCUGAUAAAGGAAUUGUGAAAGCUACCGUGACAACAGUUAUGCCCCUCCCCCCAUCGGAAGAGAAAGAACUGAAGGAGACACUACAGCAGAUUAUUGGACAAGGGAAGCAGGUUACACUUGAGCAGAAGAUUGAUGCUAGCAUCCUUGGAGGCCUCGUGGUUGAGUUCUCACAGAAGGUGUUCGACAUGUCCAUUAAGACGAGGGCAAAGCAGAUGGAGAGAGCUCUCAUGGAACCAGUUCAGUUCUGAAACCAGUUAACUUUGGCCCACUCUAAACCGACUCCACUUCAGCUCCUUGCCCUACCUCUGCUUGAAAUUUCAAUCCAAUUGUACACAAUCCAUGGAGGAAACUUGUUAGAUCUCGUUUUGUGUUUCUUGACUAGCCACCAUUGUGAUGUGCUGUGAUGGAACAUGCUCCAGCUCAUAAAAAUUAACAAUGGACAGUGGUCGCAGCAGGGCAAGAGCUGUCUCAAUCUGUGCCUGGAGUUUGUUUCUUCUGCGAGUUUGUGCUACUCCUUAAAAGUCUUUAUUAUCACAGUUCAUAAGGAAUUUUUGAAAAUGUUCUUUAUUACAAUAAUAUAUCUAUCGUCAUAAUGACGGUUUUAUGUCCUUGAAUUUUUAUAUAUAUGUAAAAAAUUAUGCAGGUUCUAUAUGAGCUAGUUAGCUCAGGCCUUCAGGGUCAUUGACCAUAUUUUAGGCAAUGCCAAAUUUUGGCAUCAGUAAAUUUGUGCUUAUUGCUAAAGGUGAAUGUCUAAACGAUG